GAGAGCAAUGUUAGGAGACUAGAAAAAGGUUUAGCCAGGGCUCGAGCGGCCAUACGGAAAGCGGUCCGGACGCGGAGUUAUAAGUCGAACAGGGUGGAGAGUUUUAUCCCCAGAGGUUCCAUUUACAGAAAUCCUUAUGCCUUUCAUCAGAGCCACAUCGAGAUGGAGAAGCGAUUUAGAGUGUGGACGUACAGAGAAGGAGAGCCACCGCUUUUCCACAACGGGCCUAUGAACGACAUCUACUCCAUCGAGGGCCAAUUCAUCGACGAGCUGAGCCUGGGCGCGAACAGCUCGUUUCUUGCAUCCCGCCCCAACGAGGCCCUAGCCUUCUUCCUUCCGGUCAGCAUCACCAAUAUCAUUCGGUUCGUUUACCGGCCUUACACGACUUACUCUAGGGUUCGGCUUCAAAACAUUGUGAGGGAGUAUAUUGGAAUUGUGUCCAGCAAGUAUCCCCACUGGAACAGAAGCAAUGGAGCUGACCAUUUCCUUAUUUCCUGCCAUGACUGGGCUCCGGAUGUCACAGCUGCUAACCCUAAUCUAUACACAAACUUCAUCCGAGUCCUUUGCAACGCCAACGCCUCAGAAGGAUUCCUACCAAUUCGCGACGUUUCAUUGCCAGAAAUCAAAAUCCCAUAUGGAAAACUAGGCCCACCUCAUCUCGGCCAACCCCUGGACCACCGUUCGAUCCUCGCUUUCUUCGCCGGAGGUGAGCACGGUUACGUAAGAAGACAACUAUUCAAAUAUUGGGAAGGACAAAAAGAUUGUGACAUUCAAGUCCACAUGUACCUUCCCAAAACCCUAAACUACUUUGAACUAAUGGGUCAAACCAAGUUUUGCUUGUGCCCUAGUGGGUAUGAAGUGGCUAGCCCUAGGGUUGUUGAGUCUAUAUACGCAGGGUGUAUUCCGGUGAUCGUUUCGGAUUCUUAUGUGCUUCCAUUUAGCGAUGUUCUUGAUUGGAGCAAGUUUUCGGUUCAUGUUCCAGUGUCAAAAAUACCGGAAAUAAAGAACAUAUUGCAGGGGAUUUCGAUGGAAAAGUACUUGGUGAUGCAGAAGAGAGUUAUGGAGGUGCAAAGACAUUUUAUCGUGAAUCGACCGGCUAAACCUUUUGAUCUAAUGCAUAUGGUUCUUCAUUCCAUCUGGCUUAGGAGGCUUAAUGUAAGGUUGCCAUUGUAAUAUUUGGUU